AAACUUCUGCUGCCGUUCUGUCGCUUGUUGGUAAUUUGUCGUGGGCGCAUUCGUGCAUUUUGUACGCCACGUAGAAGAAGAAGCAGCUGAGCUUGAAUUUUCACUUCUUUUCCCUCCACCUUUCUCACACGAUUUCCGACAAAUUCUGUUUUGUCCAAUUCCAACAACAAUUUAAAAGCCGAAUACGUUUUCCGACGUGAACGGGCACAAACGAAAAUGUGGAAGAGAAAAUCCACACAAAUACCAAGCAAGCGAACAAAAACAAAUUCAUCGGCGUUGCGAAUGCGACGAAGUGCAGAAUAGUGACGAAGUAUUGUGAACAACAUCGACGAAGUCAAAUAGCCAGGGAGACUUUAGCAGACAACAGCACAGUGAGCAGCAGCCGCGCGAGCGACGACGUAAACGCCAUAAAUUUGUAUUUGGAAUACAUUUUUUUCAAUGGAAAAUCAGCAAAUUAAUAUGUUUUUUAAAGUUUGGUAAGAAUGUGUAAAUACAAUUUGUGUAUUGCAUGGCUAGAAAUUUAACUCUUGAAAAAGUUAUUAGAUACAAUUGCUGAGGAAUUGGCUAGAAAGCAAACUACAAAAACCAAAACGUCAAGUAUAAAUUUGUAUGUAUUUACAUGCGUGUGCACAUUUGCACAUACAUACACAUAAGUGACCGAUUUGAUUUGCGAAAUGCGAAGGCGACAAAGUCGAUGAAGAAAAGCAAUUUCUAGUAUUGAGAAGCAAAAAAUAAAAAUUUGUAUGAACUUUAUUCCACAAGAAUAGUUAAAUAGAAUUGACCGCAUUGGAAGAAAGCGAACAGUGGACUAUAAUAAAAGUUGUGUGGUAAGGAAUUCCGGGUGAGAUUAGUAUGUACAUACAACAUCGGGAAUAGAUUUGUAUAAAUGAAAUGUUGGCAAAUAACAUUAGCCGACCGAAUAUCCCAUAUCGCUAAGCAAUCACAUUAUUUAUGCAAUAAUAUAUUCGUUGAUUUGCGAAAAUUGCUUAACUGAGUAACUGGCGCGUUGGAGAAAUCAAUACAUACAGUGCAAAAGUCCUGGUCAUUACAUCGGCAGCCAUUUCAACAACUAGCUACAAACAUACAUACGUACCUACUGUGAACACAGUACGCCAGAAAAGGUGCAGCGGUAGAAAGGAAGGUAGCGCUAGUAGCCACUCCAUGGCCACGAGUGUAAAACCCGUACGAAAAGCAGCGGUUCACGACAAGGCGGAAAGAGUAGCACAAUAAGUAAGAGCAACGGCGGCAGCAACAAGAUCACGAUAGCUCACACACCAAACCACACAUCCUUUGACUCUGUGACCAUAUCAGCAUUCAUAUGAUAUCAUCAGUGUUGUAAUGGAGCAAAACGCUUUGGCUACCGAGGAUAGCGUUGACUCGAUACCGGGUCCAGCGUAUGAACGUAUUGUCGGUGCCACGCCCAUAUUAACGUACGGCGCUAAAGUCGACAACCGGCACGCAAACAGCGUAAUAUUAGCCGUGGAAGAAGGAGCGGAAAUGGAAGAUGAAGAUGGCAGUGAUAUCGAUGGAGAUGAUGAUGAUGAUGAUGAUGAUGAUGAUAUGGAUACCGAAGAGCCAGAUGAUGAACAGAGGGUAUGUCAAGCUGAAGAAGAAAGUAUCAUGGAACAUGAUUAUAGAGGACGGGAUGAUUAUAAGGAAAAUGAAAGCAAUUUAGUGCAGAAAGAGCUGGACGCAUUGGAAGGCGCUGCAGUGGCCGCUGCCGCUGCUACCGAGCAAAUAAACGAUAACAUCGGUAGCUCUACGACCACGUCUGCUGCGACAACAAUUGUGGAGCCGGUAUCCAAACCGGUUUUGGAAACGAUUGUUACCGAUAAGGCAACAACUAUGCGGAUUGAGUCAUCUUCAGCCGAUGCUGGCGACUGCCCAAUACCGGUACAAAUCGUCUCAGCUUUGACGGUGCCGCCUAAGCUGCUGUCCAUGCAAUCGAAAAACAAUAAGUUAAUAAUGGUACAGAUGUUGAAUGAGCAGGCAGUAGAUGGCAAAAAUGCUUCUAUUAAAAGUACAUUGACCGACCCACUGGCAAAUGACCCGAUCGCCACCGAAACGGAGGUCUCAGAUUCUGCUGGCAAAACUCAUUCGCCAAAUCAAGACAAAUCGCCUAAUUUAUCUCAACAACAACAAAACCAACAACAUAGCUUACGCUUUCUAGCACGCAGCAGUACACCGCUUUCACGUGAAUUUCUCGCACUCCAACGUUCGGUGAAUGAAUCGAAAGUAUUGAGUGAAUUUGUCACCGAUGCGGUGCGAAAGCGGCAAAAGAGCGCACCUAAAGAUGCCAAUGAACCAGCAACAUCACAACAUCAUCAUCAUCACCAUCAUUAUCAUGCACAUGGGGAAAAGCCACGUAAGCCUGGCAAGUUUGCACCACUCAAGGAUGAUAACGCGAGCUCCACUUCGAGCACUAUACCACGGCGUUCGCGCAGCAAGAGUGUCAAUCGCAAAAGCAUUGAUGGUUUGGAUGCAGCCGGUGGCAAGCUGAAGCGCUGGCCUUCCGAUGAGAAGUUGCUCAAGCGUACAAAUAUGCGUUCACAAAAUUCAGAGUUCGUGCAAAAGCAAAUUGAGUUUUUGAAUCGUGUGAAGCACGAUGAGGGCGAAGUGUCAUCGGAGGCAGAGGAUGGCGAGCGUAGUCUUGUCAAUGGUGGCGACGAGGAAGAAAUGCAUUUACCAAUGGAACACAAUACAAUGAACGAUAGCAAUGUGUCGGCUCCUGGGCUGGUGGGCAGCACAAGUUCAUUGUUGGAGGCUUCAUUGGAAGUUGGUGGAAAAAAUUGUAUGCCGGUAAAUGUAGAUAGCAUAGAGGCGCGAUUGAUGGCCUAUUGGGCGCCCCCGCCGAAGCGCGGCUGGGAUAGCUUUUGCUGGAAGUGCCGCGAGUGUGUCGAUCUAUUUCCCUGCUCUAAGUGUGUGCGUGGCUUUCAUUGCACUUGCAUUAAGGUUACAGCAUCCACAAAACUAGACGACUCGUGGGUAUGUCCCGAAUGCGUGAGCGUGGAGAAUGUAUUAAAUGGACCCAAACGCAGCUCACGUCGCGGUGAGGUAUCCUUGGAUUUGCUAAGCCAGCUGCUUUCGUUUGCGCUCAAACGCAUGAAGAUGGUGAAAGGGUAUCCAAAGUUCCUCUACAGCGACGAGGAUCUUUUACACUACUCGAAGUACAUUGUAAAUCCAGUUACGUUCACAGCGUUGCAGGAAAAGGUCGAGAAACGGGCAUUCCGUUGCUCAGAGGAGUUUCUUAAUGAAACAAAAUGGAUACUACACAAUGCACUCAUUUUAAACAGUGGCUGUGGCAGUGAGUACCCAUCAGAAACUGAUUUCACAAAAUCACACACUUUACAACUCCCAACUUCUCUUUCAGCCUCUAGCAAAGAGGUGUUCACUGCCAAAUCCAUAUUGAAGGUGUGCCGUCAGGAGGCCAAUGAGAUUGACACCUGUGGCGAAUGUUAUUUGAAUGCAAACACGCGCCCAGAUUGGUUUGUUGAUGUUUGCUCCCAGCCACAUCUUUUGCUUUGGGCAAAAUUGAAGGGAUUUCCCUAUUGGCCGGCAAAAGCCAUGGGACCAGGACAGGGUCUCUCCCAUGUGAAUGUGCGCUUUUUCGGUGAACAUGAUCGCGCGUUUGUGCCGGUCAAAGAUUGUUUCCUAUACUCCGAGCAGGAUCCGAAUACACAAACUGGUAAGCGUUCAGCGCGUGAAUUGGCCGAUUGCAUUAAAGAGGUGGAGUUGCAUAUUGAGAAGAUAAAAGUUAAAGUGGGCGCUUUUAAGUAUGCCAAAAUUAAAACACCUUACGAACCGGCAGAGGAAUUGCAGCAAUUAGAAAUGAUGAUGCCCGGCGUGACGGAGUAUAUGAAGCGGCAACAAUCGUUGGUGCCGAAGCCCUCGUUGCAAUAUAAAAUUGUGAAGACGGCGGAUAAUCAUUUGUCGAUUAUAAAAAAAGCGAGUGCCACAGAAUCGGGCAAUGAUUCAGAUCAUUCUGGUAGCCCAAAUAAGAAAUCCAGCUGCAGCGUGUCCUCGGGCAGUGGUAAUGGACUUGGGGCGAGUGUUGGCGAUAUAAAGACAUCCCAAAUUGCACCCAAGUAUGAGGUGGUGAGCAAAGCGAGCUCUGAUGAUAGCAAAUCAUCAAAGGUGACUGCAGUAAUUUUAAAAAGAAAGCCGAGUAGCGAACACAAGAAGGAGGCUAGCGAAGAUCUGGAUUUGCCAAUGCCGAAGAUGAUAAAAUUCGAUGAAGAGGAGGAUGAGCACAAACUGCUUGCGAGUGGUAGCACUGCUAAGCCUACAAGCGGAUGCGCUGUUAACACCGGAGAUAACGCAUUGGGUAAACGCAAGCAUGGUGCUGAUAAUAGUGGCGGAGGCGCAAACACCAGCGGGGGUAGUGCGGUCGAACCUGAGCGUCAUCGUACGAAGCAUGCCAAAAAUGAGCCGCGUGUACCACUGCUUACCAUCAAAACAAACGCAAAUGGAAAUACUUUAACAGUUGCCACGGACGGUGAUACAAAACCUGUCGCUACGAAUCCAAACACCAGUGCAACAUCCACAUUGAACGCGGAAGUGAAGACCGCGACUGUGUGUGUCAAGGAAGAAGUAGCUGCGGUGGCAAAGGCAAUAGCACUAACGCCACCCACAAAUAAUGCUCAAACGGUAAUGGAGAAUUUAGUUAAAAAUAAGCAUGGUGUGACAAUUAAGAAAAUAUCGAAAGAGGUAGCCAAGAAGGCUUCAACUGAAUCAACGAAGUUGACGGUGUCGGCAAAUGCAACGCCAGACGAGACACAAGCUGUCACACAGCUCGUAGGGAAGGACGCGCUUGCUGCUACAGCUGUCGUUAGCGAAACGCAAUUGCAGAGUACUGCUACAUCCCACACCAGCGACAGUAAAAGCGCUAGCGGUAGUAAAACCGAAAAUGGUAGCGGCAGUGAUAAGCCCAAAACGGAAGAGAACAAAAAAGGUGCGGCCAAAUCCGCAGCUGACACGCAUAUACUAAAGGACUUGGUGCCGUUUGUAGAGAUUAAAAGAGAAUUUACUUCAGAUGAUGAAGCAGAUUCACAAACGCCCGCCAAUGUGGGUAGGCAGGACAAAAAGCAGACAUCUGCAAAGGUACCCGCCAAUGAGAAAACAGGUGCGGCUACAUCGACCGCUGUGCCGGCAGCACAGACAAGCUGCGCUACUGCUGCUCAAGUCCCGUUGCCAGCAGUCACUACGCCAAACUUGUCACUAGUCAAGCAGGAAGUUAUGUCCGACGAUGAGGAGACGUCAACGAAGAUCAAUGUCGCUAGCAACGUUGUUUGUACCGCUUCCACACAGCCGGCGCUCGGCUCUGUCGCGGCUGCUGGCGAUAAGGCGAUCGACAUGCAGCCCACAACAGCUGCCCCAAAUCCGCUGCCCGAUGCGGUACGUGUUGGCGACACAAUGAUACAGCGCGUGAAUGCGAAAAACGUGCGUAAUCCACAGGCCACUUUAGUGACCCUGAAAUCACCAGCGCAGGUUGCACAAGAGGCAGCGGCUGCAAUGGAUGCAGCUACGGCGGUUGCGGCAGCUAUGCACGCAAGUCCGCCCAACAGGCGCUUGAAUGCGCGCGGCGUACCAUACGGUCCCUUGCCGGCCUCGGUUGUCGCUCAACCCCCGCAGCAGUCACAAAAGAGCGUUGUUGUAGCUAGCAAUGCAACAAACCGUGCAUCGCUGCAGCAGCAGCAGCAGCAACAGCCACCACAACAACAACAACAACUGCCACAAUCGCAGUCACCAGCUCAAUUGCAAGUGCAAGUGCAAGCGCAAACGCAACCACAACCACAACCACAACCGUUGCAACUGCCACCGCAGCAGCGUGCUCGCAAAUCGUUCCCCAACCGGGGCACAACCGAUAUUAGUCCUGCGCGUAGCAAUUUUCCAGCUGCGCCGCUACCAUCGCCUGGUCUACCGCCGCCCUCUACUUCGCCUUUGGCAACCAGCAACGAUUUGAAACGCACGCUGCUAAAGAAUAGCAUGGUGUCCAUACCACGACAAGCGUGGUCCCCGCAUGAGGUACAGCGAAAUGCCGCCGUUGGCACUAGCAGCAGCAACACCAGCAAUCAUUCGAUUCCUGUGCCGCCGCUGACUGCUGUUUCUAAAACGCCUGCGGUCGGGGCGGUGUUAGGCGACAAUAGCAAUGCUGCUAAUGCGAACAACAACAACAGCUCCAAUUCCAAUGCCAAUGCCACCAUUAACAGCACUUCAAUAGCCACGCCGUUUAUCAGCUGCAAUGGCGGCGGUAUGGGAUCCAGCGGCCCGGCGUUGCUUACGCCGCUGACGAUGUCGGCGCCACCGCCAUUGGCGGGCCUGUCGUCGUCAUUGUCCUCUCCGUCAACUAAUUUAUUAGCGCCCACAGCUAUCGCCUCUGUGACUGGAAACCUACCAAUUGUGGUCAACAGCAGCAGUAAUGUUGGCGGCAGCAUAUCCAUAUCAUCGGCUGUCGAACUGCCUACACAGCAGACGGUUAGCGCUGCGGUCGGCGCAAGUGGAGUGCCGAGCACAUCCAAUGGAGAUUUUGUUACACCCAGUCUGGCAGCUAUGGUGACCGAUGCGAUUUGUCGUGGUCCACCCAAGAUGGUACAACGGCCGAAUGGUCCUUUGCAAUCUGAUGGCGCGAACAUGUUCCCUUCGCAGGCGGGUCCGGUAUGUCAGACGCUGGUGGAAAAUGCACACAAAUUGACGGACUUUUUUAUAUCUGUCAUGGAAGAUACCAUGCUGGAGAUGUCUGUUGGCGAAGAGCCCGUAUUGCAAGCCAAAAUAACACUACUCAAAAUGGAACUCGAACGCACCAAGCAGGCAUAUGAGCAAGAAAUCGCUGAACUGAAACGCACCUCCGAUCUGAUGCUCUGCGAAAUGCGCAAAAGCAUGGAGAACGAAAAGACACGCAUCGCUAACGAGAUACGCAAACAAUGCGAGCAGGAACGUCUGCGCUCCAUAGAGGAGACUAAAAAGAAGCAGUGGUGUUCGAAUUGUGGACGUGAGGCGCAGUUCUAUUGCUGUUGGAAUACAUCCUACUGUGAUUAUCCAUGUCAGCAAAUGCAUUGGUCACGUCAUUCGGCAACCUGCGCACAGACGCGACCGACAAAUGCUAAUGUCUGCGAUAGUUUGGCCAAAACGGCAAGUAGCACUAUGACGACGACUGUUUCGGCUGUUGGGCAACAACAACAACAACAGCAGCAGCAGUUACUUGGCGUUGGUGGUGGUGGGAGUAAAGCUUCUAGUAGCAAUAUAAUGACUGUCACCACAACAACUUCAAUGGCGCAUCAACAGGCCUCACACUACAAUAAAACAAUGGGCAACAAGAAGGAUAAACACGGCGCAUCAAAAAUGAGUCAUCAGCAGUCUGUAGCAAAUGCGGUUAGCAGUGCUGGUAAUGUAAUCGGUAGCAACUCGAUGGCAACAAUUGCCGCUGCCAAUGCCAGCGGUAUAUCAGUACCAGCAGGAGCAGCGACAGAGCUGCUGAAAUUGCCCUCCAAUACUUACCUACGCACUGUGCCGCAGUGCGGCAAUGCUGGAACAAAUAAUAGUAGUGGUGGAAAUUUGCGUGGCUCAACGUACUCUGUGCAGCGUGUCAAUAUACCGUUGCCCAUUACCGCACUGGUGCAACGCGGCAAUAGCUGGGAACUGACCAGUGCUGCGCCCACCAACAACGCUGGCGCAACCAAUAUGGCCACCAUAACUGCACCGCCAUCGAAUGUAACGCCUGCAACGAUGACACAGUUAACACCCCAACAACAGCAACAACAACAACAACAACAACAGCGUAUGAUGAGCAGUGUUGCCAGUAGUGGUGGUGUAUCAUCCACCAUGACAAUGUCUAGAGGCAAUUCUCGAAGUCGUGCAGCUGCGGCAGCGCAAGCUAUGCAACAAACAAUGGCAACAAUGCAUAAUGCGUCAAGUGGUGGAGGAGGAAGUGGAGCAGCAGCAUCAUCGAUGUCUUGUGGCGUGCUACGACCGACACAGAUGUGAUGAUGCGCAGCAGCGAUUGCUUGCACAGCUGUGGGGAGCAGCAAUGAACAAGCGUUAGGGUGCACACAAAAUGUGACGCAUGCGGGCGGCAAUAGAAGAGGCGGUGGAGGUGGAAGAGAAGGAAUCUCAAUCACAACAAAAGCAACAGUGGCAACAGUAGCGCAGACAAUGAUGCCAAUGCCAGCAGCCACAGCGGAGGCAGUAGCUACAACGAAGCGUGCGCCAACAGCGUCGGGCGAUGGUUGCCCGCUUUCGAUCUCGCUGGUGAGGAAGUGAAAGGUCGAGACUGCAAACGAACUUGUAAAUAAAUGAAAUAAAAGCAGCAACAACGAAGUGCUGUGCACACGAAUAGAGAUAAUUUAUUUGUUAAAGUUGACAUUUUAGCUUUAGCUUUUUUAUUUACUAAUUUAAGGAUUUGUAAAUAGAAACGCUUAGAAUUGAGUAAUUAAAGUAAUUUAAUAGCAAUCGCGUACUACACAUAAAUUGAUAUGUCCAUACAUAUACAUACAUAUGUAAGUAAACCAAUCUACUCUUCUCGAAGUACUGCGUAAGCGCAUGUGCAAAACAUGCACAUUUACAUAUAUUUGUACAUACAUACAUACUACAAAAUUUACAUAAUGAAAUGUAUAAAAAAAAAAAAAUAAUAAUAAAACUUAGUUUUAAGUAUUUUAAAAGUAUUCUGCUACCUUAAAACGUAAUGGAAAUUAUAUAUUUAUUCAAACAUGAAAUAUAUCGAUGUAUUUUAAUAAGUGUACUCUAUUUAAGUUACUCAUGAAAUCUUAGAAGAGCCUAGCAAAACAACACGAAAAUAAAUAUAAAUGUAAGAUCGAUCAUACAUACACAUUUGUAAUUGACCGCAUAAAUAGGAACAUGCAUACACGCAUACACGCAUACAAGUAUUGCAUGCGUUCUUUAUCCAUAAAACUUUUCAUAUUCUUCUGGUAGCUGUAUUUCUUGCAUUAAAUACAAUUUGCUAUAAUUACGACUAGUCGUAAGUGUAUCUACAUAAGUACUAGUUUAAAUAUUCACAAAUAAUAUUACGAAUUACCGUGAUUAGCUUGUAGUUAUAAAUACAGAUGUAUCGAAUUAGUUAAAAAAAAAA